AUGUCUGUGGUUGUUGGGGAUGCUAUAAAGAAGAAAAGUUGUGAGAUAGUUGCUGAUCGAAUCAGCAACUUGCCUCUGGAAUUAACGCAUAGAAUCCUAGAAUGUUUAACACUACAAGAAGCCGCUAAGACAAGCGUGUUGGCGCAACAUUGGAGGUUUAUAUGGGCUUCCAUUCCACAGCUUAUACUUGACGAAUGGAUUAUAAAAGAAAAAUGGAAGAAAUUCAACAACAACAUGUUGGCAGUUGGGUUUGCUAGAAAAUGCAUCAAAACUACUACGGAUAGAAUCAGCAAUUUGCCUCCAAAUGUGACAAAACAGAUCCUAGAAUGCUUACCUCUGCAAGAGGCAGCAAGAAUGAGCAUCCUAUCGAGCCAUUGGAGGCAAAAAUGGGCCUUGAUUUCACAACUUAUACUCGAUGAGGGAUUUUUUUCUAACAUUCUGAAGCAUAGAACAGAAACAGCCGACAUUUCAUUGGCAUACUCAAAAGCUGUCAAUGAUAUUCUUUUUAGUCAUGUUGGCCCAAUAUCUAAGCUUGUUCUUUACCUUCCUUCUUGGUUUCCGAAAGAAAUAGACUUAUGUCAAUGGAUAAGGUAUGUUCGAGCUAAUGGUGUUCAGGAUUUCACUCUUGUGUAUGAUCGAGAUCCAGAAAAGAACUUGCCUGCUAGUUUGUUCUCUUGUGUGGGCUUGACACAUUUGACACUAUGCAAACUCAUCUCCCUUCCUCCAAAUUUUAGGGGUUUUCCGUGCCUUGUUAGUCUAAGCACUAGUAUAGCAACCUGUGUGCAUUCUCCUAGCACUAGUAUAGAUGCUAAUGUGUUGGAAACUCUUAUUUCCAAAUGUCCACAGCUUCAAAGCCUCUAUCUGCUUAUCAUUGAUCCACAAGUUAAUUUAUCUAUUCGUGCUCCAAAUUUGGAAGACCUGUAUGUGGAAGGCCUACUUUCUGAAUUGUGUCUGAAAGGAGACACAGUGAUAACCAAACUAACCCUGGAUGUUGACUUUGAUAAACCGUCGCUACAGAACAGACACAUGAGUGAGAUCUUCACUUGCUUGACUAAUGUUGAGAAGCUUGUUCUAAGGGAGCGCUUUUGGUGGAGAAUUAGAAGCUAUGAUUCGCCCAAAAAAUUUCCAAGCAAAUUGGAACAGCUACGAACUCUGAAACUAGAAGGGAUGACACUUCAUCGUCAGUGGACCAUCUCUCUUGCUCUUUCCUUCUUUGUAAGCUGCCCUCAUUUAGAGCAGCUAUACAUCAAAGCUUCAAAACUGCAUGCAGUCUCAGAUCAGCCGCCUUCAGAUAAGAUCGAAGGUUCUUGCAUCCUUCCUUGCCUCAAAAAUGUGCAACUCUUUGGUAUUUCUGGGCUGACUGGUGAGUUACAGCUUAUAAAGUUUCUACUAGCAUACUCUCCUUUGCUGGAGGAAAUGGCAAUUGAACUCAGUACGACAAUUGGAGGAGCUGCAGAAAAGUUCGAUUUUGCCAAGGAGACUGUGCGAUAUCAUAGAGCCUCAACUAAUGUAGAAGUUAUUAUCAAUGCUAAGUAAGUUUAUAUAUAGACUUUAUCUGUCCCAUCUCUGACGUUUUGUAUUGUAGAAGGAUCUAAUCGACCUUAAAUGGUGUGGGUUGUAUAGUGAGGCCGUGAUGCACAUUAGUUUGUUCGAAGUCUGCCUUCGAUCUUUUGAUACACUUUGGUAACAUUUGGUAACAAUUGGAUAUGACCUGGGGCUGGAAAUGUGCUGCUACUAGCUAGUAGGCAAA